AGAACUAAAGAACAUAACUUGAUUGCUUGUGUCCCAAAUCAUUCCCCAAAAACCAAACGUCACCAUGUGCCCCAACACCGAUACCGUCGGCCUCCACGGCUGGACCGCUGUGCCUGUCGAUGCCGAUGCCAUCUUCGAAGGAAAGCCGUACCUCAACGAGCCCACUCCCGUCUCGCUCUCGGAUAUUGCCUGGCCAUCCGAUGAUCCCAUCGUAGCCAAAGUUCAAGAAUACGCCAAGGAGAAGCUUCCCAUCGAGACCUACAACCACUCCAUGCGAGUUUUCCACUGGGCAACCAUCAUCGCCCGCCAACAAUUUCCCACCCACGCCUCUUCUCUCUCGCCUUCUACCCUUGCCCUCACCUGCCUCCUGCACGACAUCGGCACCACCCCCGCCGCCCGCGCCAGCACCCAACUCUCCUUCGAGUUCCAAGGCGGCUUCAUCGCCCUCCAGCUCAUCCAGCACCAACUCGGCGGCGCGCAAUCCCAAGCCGAAGCCGUCGCCGAGGCCGUCAUCCGCCACCAGGACCAGGGCACCGUCGGCACCAUCACCUUUCUGGGGCAGCUGAUCCAGCUGGCUACCGUGUAUGACAACAUGAGCGAAAGGCCGUACUUGGUGCACCCACAGACGAGGGAGCAGGUGGUCACCAAGUUCAAGAGGUGUGGGUGGAGUAGGUGCUUUAGUAAGUCGCUUAGAGCCGAGCUGGAGGAGAAGCCGUGGGCGCAUACGACGCAUUUGGGCAGUGAGAAGUUCCCGAAUGGGGUUCGGUUUAAUAAGUUGAUGGAGGAGUAUGAUGCUUGGACAGAAUGAGGGGGGUUUAGAGAGGGAGAGGGAGAAAGUAGAGGCUAUGUGUCUCUUUGGAGCUUGUGAAGGGGAAGGAAGAAAAGAAAAGCAAAUAAAAGGAAAAAAUGUGAUAAGGGGAACUGAACCCGAUUUCAUGU